AUGACUCGUUUACCCCCUUCCAAACUAUCACGCUCUAUCACAUGCACCCACCAUCUACUUCUAGCGUAUUUCGAGGAGUCCCAGCUAAGUCUGGCAUUAGCUCUCAUGCGUUUUGUUUCAUUAGUUUCCAGCGAGGAUCAGGACCGCAUUAAACCCUAUGCUGCACAAUCGUUAUUGUCACUAACACGGAAAGUUGGUAUGCCGUGCUGGUUGGCAGAUCUGAGGAACGAUAUUGCCCACGGCUCGCUGCCGUCAAUCGAAUUACUUGAGCGUGGCUUUUGGUGGUCAUUAGAAUGUGUUCGCGAUUUUUGGGACUCGAAUACAUCGCAUUUCUCCCUCAUUUGUGUGAAGACGGAAAGUUCAUUCUUAUCAGCAUGCGCUAUUGUCGACAGCUUUCUUGCAUCACAUUUGAGUGAUCCCAAAACAUGUUGCGGUUCACAGUUGGACGAAUUGAAUAAUUUAUUCGGCGAUGACCGUGCUGGCGUCCCCUUAGUCCAGUACAUUGCUACUAGUAUCUUACAAUGCAGCGAUCCCAAGUUUAGCGUAGCGCCCGCGUCGCUUUGUCAGUCCAUCGAGUCGCUCCUUGUAUAUGUUAAACAAAAGCAGCAUUUGCAACUACUGAUUUUGCAGUUUAUAUUGAAUGUGAGCGCUUCGACGGAGCGCGAAUCUCUGCGCAUUUCACUUAGUGUGGCGUGGGUGACUGCUCUGUGUGAUUUUCUUGCGAGGAACUCUAACCCUCUGUGCAAGUUUUUGGACGGUUACUGUGUUAAAACUUUUGAUUGGCGACGUGCACUCAAUCAUAUGUUAACUGUUUGUUCCAUUCAUAAUUACGACCUCUGUGUGGAAGUCGUGCGGUCUUACAAACCACCAAUGGAAUAUUCGAAGCAGGCCACUAUAUUGGGGCAUAUGAAAGCAUUCCUAGGUAUUAACGAUUGUGGCUGUCCCCCAGCUGUCAAGAUAAAGGAAAACAAGGACAAUGUGAAGUUUAAGAUUCGCUGCAGUCGAUUUUUAUACACGCUUGUUGUUACCGAAAAAGAGAAGGUCGGUAAAAUAAAGAGUUCUCUUCCGCCAAAGCCCCUGGCAUCAGAGCUCGUACUGGCUGGAAAAGUUUGUCGAUCAGACAAGGCAGUCCCUAGUGUAAACUGUCACACGGAACACCGGAGGUCCACCAACAACACAACAUGUGGCGGAAAGUGUUUUGGUAACCGCUAA